CAAAAAGUUGGCGGAAGUUGUUUUUAUGUACUUCCGUAGCAAAAGACAAAAAUGGCAGACCGAGGAUACAGUUUUUCUCUCACAACAUUUAGUCCCUCGGGCAAACUGGUGCAGAUUGAAUAUGCUCUGGCAGCUGUAGCAGCCGGUGCUCCAUCGGUAGGAAUUAAAGCAUCAAAUGGAGUUGUGCUGGCAACUGAGAAGAAACAGAAGUCCAUACUGUAUGAUGAACAGAGCGUGCACAAAAUCGAGCCCAUAACAAAACACAUUGGCAUGGUGUACAGUGGAAUGGGUCCGGACUACAGGGUUCUGGUCAGAAGAGCAAGAAAGCUGGCGCAGCAGUAUUUCCUGGUAUACCAAGAGCCAAUCCCCACAGGCCAGCUGGUACAGAGAGUGGCUUCUGUUAUGCAAGAAUACACACAGUCAGGAGGUGUGCGGCCAUUUGGGGUCUCUCUUCUCAUUGCCGGUUGGGAUGAAGACAGACCAUACUUAUUUCAGUCAGACCCAUCGGGAGCAUACUUUGCCUGGAAAGCCACUGCAAUGGGAAAGAGCUAUGUCAAUGGAAAAACAUUUCUUGAAAAAAGAUAUAAUGAAGAUCUGGAACUUGAAGAUGCUAUACACACUGCCAUCUUAACUUUGAAGGAAAGUUUUGAAGGUCAGAUGACAGAGGAAAACAUUGAGGUGGGCAUCUGUAAUGAAGCAGGAUUUCGCAGACUGUCACCUGCCGAGGUCAAGGAUUACUUGGCAGCAAUUGCGUAAACCACAGCACUGCAACUGCUUACACUGUUUCCUGUUUUGGUUUGGUCAUUCAUUUGAAUGUUGCAGUUUUAUUACGUGUACAUCUGUGCAACUGAUUUCUUUAUAAAAGGAUACAUUAUUAACAAAUGUUA